GGCGCUGACUGGGGCAUCUCUCCUGUCAUGUCUGCCACAAAGAAGCGAAGCUUAGCCGCAGGUAGUCAGAACAGAGUCGGUAGUGGGAUGGGCCGAGGCCCUGACUCAGUCAGGGGAGGAUUGGGGACUGCAGAACGGCGUGCCAGGGGCGGCAGGAACGUAUCCCCUAGGGAUUUCCAAGCGGUAGUUCAAGCCGUUUGGGAGGAGGAGGAAGUGCUGGAGGGCGCCCAGCCGAUCGAGAACUACUUCUGGAAUGUGCAGCCGAUAGAAGAGGAGGAUGAGGUAGAAGAGGAGGAAGUUGAGAAUGAUGAGGAAAUGGAUGAAGAGGAGGUGGACGACGAAGAGGAUGAGAUGGACGAGGAAGAGGACGACUAUGAGAGAGAUGAGGAGAGUGAGGAAUAUGAGGAGGAGGAGGAAGACAGCGAUGAGGAAGAAGAUGCGGGAUAUGUGGACGAAGAGGAAGAGGAGGACGCUCCUCCUGAGGGCAGAGGACCAGAUACUGCUGCUGAUUUUAAAUUGGAGCUUCCCUAA